CAGUCUCGCUGCUGCGCUCUAACGUGGAUGUCUCACUGCGGCCUGUCUGUCUCUCACUCACUCUGCGGGCUAACACUCCCUGAGAAUGGGCGACUGGAGUGCUCUGGGUCGUCUGCUGGACAAAGUCCAGGCCUACUCUACUGCUGGAGGGAAGGUGUGGUUGUCGGUCCUCUUCAUCUUCAGGAUCCUGGUCCUGGGUACGGCAGUGGAAUCCGCCUGGGGAGAUGAGCAGUCCGCCUUCAAGUGUAACACCCUGCAGCCUGGUUGUGAAAAUGUCUGCUAUGACAAAUCUUUCCCCAUCUCCCACGUCCGACUGUGGGUCUUGCAGAUCAUCUUUGUGUCGACGCCCACACUCCUGUAUCUCGCCCAUGUCUUUUAUCUGAACAGGAAGGAGCAGAAAUUCAACAGGAAGGAGGAGGAGCUUAAAGCUGUGCAAAAUGAUGGAGGUGAUGUCGACCUCCCGCUCAAGAAAAUUGAGCUGAAAAAGCUAAAGUACGGCAUUGAGGAGCACGGUAAAGUCAAGAUGAAGGGGGCUCUGCUCAGAACCUAUAUAGUCAGUAUUUUCUUCAAGUCCAUGUUUGAAGUGGGCUUCCUGCUCAUCCAGUGGUACAUGUAUGGUUUCAGCCUGAGUGCAGUCUAUACCUGUGAGCGCUCCCCAUGUCCACAGAAGGUGGAGUGUUUCCUGUCCCGACCCACAGAGAAGACCGUCUUCAUCAUCUUCAUGCUGGUGGUCUCUCUUGUGUCCCUGUUGCUCAACAUCAUCGAGCUGUUCUACGUGUUUUUCAAGAGGAUCAAGGAUCGUGUGAAGGGCCAACAGCAGUCCACUCUCUUUCCAGGUGCAGGCACCCUGAGCCCCACCCCUAAAGAACUGUCCACCAACAAGUACUCCUACUAUAACGGCUGUUCCUCCCCAACAGCUCCACUGUCACCCAUGUCCCCCCCAGGCUACAAGCUGGCCACAGGUGAGAGGGGAACUGGCUCAUGCCGUAACUAUAAUAAGCAGGCCAAUGAGCAGAACUGGGCCAACUACUCCACAGAGCAGAACCGCCUCGGCCAGACUGGUGGAGGAAGCACUAUUUCAAAUUCCCACGCACAGGCCUUUGACUUCCCUGAUGACACCCAUGAGCAUAAGAAACUCUCCUCAUCAGCAGGACACGAGCUACAGCCUCUGGCAUUGAUGGACGCCAGGCCCUGCAGCCGAGCCAGCAGCAGGAUGAGCAGCCGAGCCAGGCCAGAUGAUCUGGACGUGUAGACCCUGGUCCUCCAAACCACCUCUGAGAAGCAGAUUCACAUAGAUUCACAUGAGAGGUGGGACUAACCUCAAUCACUGACAUUCAAAUGAUUAUGUAACACUGUCAGAGGUACUUUCUUUUUUAGCAGAGCAAGCCCAGCUGUAAGAGAACACCACUGACACAUGUCUAAAGAGGUGUUUUUCAUUCACUCAUCAUGUCCACACCUGUCAAAGUCACUCACUCACUUCUCACUGGCCUUGGUUGUGUUUCAUCUUGUUUUUCCUAAUUUCUGCAUUUUUAUUUUUAUAAUACUUUACUCUGUUGAUCAAUAAGCGCCGUCCGUUUUAAACAACAGAAAUGAUAACAACAGAGUUCACAUUAUCAGGCUGAAUUGACCUGUCAAUUUAUAUACCAGGUUUUUUCUGAGUGGUCUUAGAAAGGCUGUUUUUGUCUCUUGAAUAAUUUAUUCAAAAUUCAACAAUGUGACUGGUAAUGUCAACGUAUCACAGAUUCUUUCAUUUGGAAUGCCCUUUCUGCAGCCAAUGCAGUCUAACAUUCAUGGACUGUCUAAACUCAUAUCACAGUUUUAGGGUCUAACUAAAAUACAUACAUGUUAACUAAGGUUAUGGAGGAUCUCCUUUAGAGUUUAAAACACACUUGUGUUCAGGUAAAAUGUCCAGAAUGAUGUCGACAUGAUCAGGUAAAGUCUCAGCCAUCAGUCGCUCAUAUAAAAGAUUUCAGAAUGAACCGUUCUAACUAACUAGUGCUAACUUUGUCCAUCACGUUUUAGUCUUUCAGUCACAGACAGGAGGAGAAGGAUUUCUGUCAGUUGUAGUGAAUAUUUAUUGCUUGCCACGUGUAGGACACCUACCACUAAGAAAGAGAAUUGACUACUGUCCAGUAUCUAUUACUGAUGGAAAACAUUAACAUCAACUCCCCACAAACUGUAUAUUUAUUGACAGUAAUAAUGUUUUUUUUUUCUUGAGUAACUUUCCUGAUAAACUUUGAAUUUAUGUGCUCUCAUGUUUUCAUUUUGUGCUUUUUUUGGGUGUGUGUGUGUGAGGGAGGCGGGGCUUAUGUGUGGCUUCCUUAAAGAAAGGCUUUAUCAUUGACAUUCAUUCCACAUGUGUGUUUCUUUUCGUUUUUGUUGGAGCAGUAGCGACAGACAGUAGAGUGAUUAUCUAUGUUUGACAUAUUUGAGUGAAUGGUAGGUCAUGUUAUAAUUUCAGUUUCAGAUGUAACCAUUGCUGCUUGAGACGUAGAUAUUUAGUACUGUACAUCAAGCUAACUGUGUCACUAUAAAAUUGUGAGUUUUUAGAAGACUGCUUAUAGAUCUGGACUAAUAUUUAGUCAAUUGUAAUAAAAUAUUUGCCAAAGUAGCUCCACAACUCCACCACACAAGGAUUUUCUCAAUUUGAGAUUUUUUUUUGGUCAUUUUUAAAUUGUCGAUUGUGCAUCUUCUUGUCGGUACGUAUGUCAUGGAUCUUUCAGCUACAAUGGCGUUUGCACUGAGAUCUUGGGGAGAGAGAUGUAAUAUGAUGCACAGUGAGUGUAAAGAGUUUUCUGACACACAUGUUACUAAUUUAUUUUAUAACACAGGAAUCACUACAGAGAUGUCUUCCAAUGACAGAAAAGGAGCAAUAGUUAUUCAGACAAUGCUAAUCCAUGGGGAUCCACUGUUGUACAGUGUAAGUGCAUGAUAGCAAAACAAAGCCCAUUAAUUGUAUCUGUGAACAGCUAUUUUAACCAAUAAAUAUUUUCUUUCUUAA